CCGGUUACUAAGGACAACAGAAGCACCGCAAACCCUUCGUUCACAAUUACUUGCUGAUUUCUCGAAGUGUACUCAAACGUCAAAGUUUUCUCCAAACGAUACAACUGAAAGAUAUCUUCAUGGUGUUUGGGAAAAGCAAAACGGGAUUCAAUUUUGUUCAUCAGGACCAGAUCUGGUGGGUAAAGUGUUUGCUACUUAAUAUAAAUUCUUCUUUAGUCGAACAUUCGAACAUGAUCUGUAAACUGUAAUAUGGAGUUCAUUGAAGUGCAGGUCUACAGACGAUUUUAAAGUGUUAAGCUUCAAAUUAAUCGAACUUUGUUGAUUAAUUUAAACAGGAAAGACCACAUCGGCCACGAGCACAGUGCAUCAAAACGUUGGCCCGAGAACUGGGGUUUUCUGAUCGGACAGUACAAGAUUGUAAGUUUUGCCUGUUUUUUAUGUCAACAAAGAAAUUUCUUUUGUGUAAUGUGAAAUAUUAACCAAGCCUUGUAGCUUUUAAUUAACAUAGCUUGUCUCUGAGACGUUAAGAGUCUUCUUUAUUCCUUUGAAAAUAUUGGGCUGUAUUCGAAUGUUUACUUGGACUCUAUACGAUUUCCAUGGAAUUAAUGGUUGCGUGAUGAUUCAGACAGCUGUUCGGUUCAUUUAAGUUUGUAGAGAGAAAAAAUUCCGAUGUGACAGUUCUUCAUUUUCACUUUUUCCAAAAAUGCCUUAAAAUCAGGGAAAUUAGGGAUUUUUGUCCUUUCCAACCUUUUUGAAGGACUCAAAUGAGAUGUCAUUAAUGUCUUAAUUGACGGGUUAAAUCGAUAGCAGGCAAGUUUAAUGAACUUUCACUUAAGUAAACACAGCUUUCCUCUGUUGAACUUCACUGUUACAGUCGCUCAUAGUAACAAACCAAUAAUAAUAAUUAUAAUUAUUGGUAUGUGCAUGUAGAAAAUAAAUUUAAGAAUAACCUAUGGCAACUCACUUCAAAUUUUGAGCGAGUAACAUGCAUUUUAUAAUUUGUAAAUAUUAUUUUAUCUCUUCUAGUUGGCAAAUGAAGAUGAAAGUGUUGCAAAUGGAGCGGCCGCAGUGAGAGUAAAGCAACGACGCGAGGCUCUAAAGCUACCACCCAUUGACGCUAGUGUAGCGUCACAACUGUCAGUCGGCAAGUCAAAUGCAAAAUUUCCCACUAAAACAUCUGAAGAGGUUGGUUGGAGAUCAAGUCAACCAUCUUGCAACUUGGAAAGAUAUGGACGAUACACAAAAUUCAAGUCAUCGUUCCUUGGACAAAUGAAAUGGCCCCCAGAAGCAGUAGAUUAAUAAUUAUUAAUUGCUAUUUUCACUUACACGCAUGAUAAUGUUAGUGUUAAGUUUUCAAAUGGGUUGUUGACUAAGCAUCUCAUGCAUUGUACAUGGCUUAUUGUGCAAUAGAGGCUAUUUAAUGGUUGUAGGCAACGGCCUGGUUUUUCUCAGGUUUCAACCCAAAUAGUUAUUAAAUGCCAUCAAUGGCUUAUGGGAGGUAGAAUUUUCCAACUAGCAGGACACUUAAACUAAACUACUAAAAUGUUUAAAAAAAUUUUUCUUGUAUUAACAAACUUAGUGGUAAUUUAUUUUGAAACAUAUCUUCUUACCAUCAAGGCCAAUAGAUUGGUUAUUAUUUUUUUAAAUCUGACAAUUGGAAGUGAACAAUUGAUGGCAUUGUUACUUGGAUGUAUUGAGUGUUAUUUAUUUUAAUACUCUCAUUCUCUCAUACGAAUGUACUUCAAUUAUUUUUGACUAACUAAAAUAGCUAUGGUGUUAUAGCAAAAAUGUCUGAUUGUAAAAAGACUUUUGGAAAACAGGGAGAAUAAUUUUUUUACAUUUAUGAUUGAAGUGUUAACCUUUAACUCCCAGAAGUGAUUUGCAUGUAACUUCUCCCAACAAUAUCCACCCACUAUCAAGCAAACAGGUAAUGAGAGUUGUCACAUAUUCAGGUAAAAGUUUUUAUCUUGAUGUAACACCAAAUUCUUGCAACCAAUUUACAAGGAAAUGUGUAGCAGCUAAAAGGUAGAAUUAACAAUCAGAUCCUGGGAGUUAAAGGGUUAAUCUGGUGUGGUAAUCAGGAUUUUUUGCUGAAACAGCACAAAAGGUGUUAUGUGCGUGACAAACUUUGUUGUAGGUAGAGAACAAGAAAUAAACACUAAAUGGGUUUGUAAAUA